UGAAUUGUAUAAUCAAUGAACCGAAACUGAAACUGAAUGAUUGUUCUGAAACCGUGACGUCAGCUUCGCCACCUUCCUUUACUUAACAGAAAACAACCACAUGCUCUCUCCCUAUCUCCCGCGUCUGGGUCGAAGGCGUUUGUUCGAUUCCGAAUCCAAGAUUCAGACUUUCUUCAAUUUCCAUGGAAAUAUAAUCAUACGUACAAAUUUGUAUACCUUCAAUCAGAGCUCUUCAUUUGAUUCGCAGAUCCCGCCGUUGUCCGGAUGUCAAUACGACGGUGACGAUUCGACUACUGCUGAGCGAAACCCUAAAUUCUUCGUUUGAGCUCUAUUUGGAUGGCGGACCUCAAAGAACGCCUGCUACGACCAAGACCUGCUUCUGCUGUAAAUCUCAGAGAUCCAUCCUAUAGGCCAUCUGCCUCUGGGCAUCAACAUUUUCAUGGUGUGGAUGUCCUAGGCUUGAAAAAGCGUGGCCAAGGCCUUCGCUCGUGGAUUCGUGUUGAUGCUGCGGGUAACUCCCAGGUCAUUGAGGUUGACAAAUUUACUGUGAUGCGUCGUUGUGACCUUCCUGCUCGUGAUCUACGCUUACUCGACCCAUUGUUUGUCUACCCCUCGACAAUUCUUGGCAGAGAGAAGGCCAUUGUUGUCAAUCUGGAGCAGAUUCGAUGUAUUAUUACUGCUGAUGAGGUUCUGCUUUUGAAUUCUCUUGAUAGCUGUGUGUUGCAGUAUGUGGUGGAGCUACAACGACGUCUGAUCACUGCUGGGGUUGGUGAAGGUUGGCAGUCAGAAGGUGCCAACUUGAGCUUAAGGAUGGGAAAUAGGAAUUUUGACAAUAUGUUUGGGAACACAUCACCUGAUUACUUGCCCUUUGAGUUCAGGGCUCUUGAAGUUGCUCUGGAGGCUGCUUGUACCUUUCUGGAUUCUCAGGCGGCAGAAUUAGAAAUUGAAGCGUAUCCAUUGCUAGAUGAACUUACAUCAAAAAUCAGCACCUUAAAGUUGGAGGGUGUUCGUCGAUUGAAAAGCAGACUUGUUGCGCUGACUCGGAGAGUUCAAAAAGUUAGGGAUGAGAUAGAGCAGCUAAUGGAUGACGAUGGAGAUAUGGCUGAAAUGUAUCUUACGGAGAAGAAAAGACGGAUGGAGUCAUCACCUUAUGGUGAUCAGUCUGGGAUGGGAUACAGUUCUGCUCCAGUUUCUCCUGUAUCUUCACCCCCAGAUGGCCGGAAGCUUGAGAGAAAUUUGAGCAUUGCAAGGAGCAGGCAUGAUAGCAUGAGAAGUACGGAAAGCGUUGCAGAAAGUAUAGAAGAGCUGGAGAUGUUGUUGGAGGCUUACUUUGUUGUCAUUGACAGCACUCUUAACAAGCUGACAUCGUUAAAAGAGUACAUUGAUGAUACAGAAGACUUCAUCAACAUCCAGCUGGAUAAUGUGCGAAACCAGCUUAUACAAUUUGAGUUGUUACUCACAACUGCUACAUUUGUUGUUGCCAUCUUUGGGGUGGUAGCAGGGAUAUUUGGCAUGAACUUUGCAAUACCGAUGUUCGAUUACCCAGGUGCGUUCAAAUGGGUCCUAGUAAUCACAGGUAUGACGGGGGUUGUCAUAUUCUGUUCAUUUAUGUGGUUUUUCAAGUAUAGAAGAGUGAUGCCCCUGUAGAUGAUGAAGAAAAAGCAGCGCUGCUGCGGAAGGAAAUUGCAAGAAUUGAAGAAGCCUAUGAAUUCAAGGCUCAUUGUCUACGUUGUUUAAGAAAUGAAACUGAAGAAUACAAGGGUUAGUGUUUACAUUAUUUAUGUAUGCACUCCAUAAACAAAGACGAAAUAUAGAAAAGGAAAGAGUAUUAUACUAC